AUGGCGAGUGCAGAAUUUGAGGCCGCCGUGGCUCAGUCGUUGCCUCCGUCGACGCUGCCCCAGUAUCCGGAGAUGAUAAUGGCAGCAAUUAAAGGUCUGAGCGAGAAGAACGGGUCAAAUAAGUCGUCGAUCUCCAAGCACAUCGAGGCCACCUACGGGAACCUGCCGCCGGCGCACUCCACGCUGCUCACCCACCACCUCAACCGGAUGAGAUCCACCGGCCAGCUGCUCUUUGUCAAGAACAACUACCUCAUACCCGACCCGAGUGCGCCGCCACGCCGCGGCCGCGGCCGUCCCCCGAAGCCCAAAACCCCUCUGCCGCUUGGCGCCGCCCCCCACCCGCCGCGCCCGCGCGGCCGGCCACCUAAAUCCGCCCGAGACCCGACAUCUCCUCCGCCGCCUCCCAAACCCAAGGCGGCGGGUACGUUGUCUGGGAAGAAACGUGGCCGGCCGCCGAAGGCUGCCGCCGGGGUUGGGGCUCCGGUGCGUCCUCCGGCCGCCGAAGGUGUACCUCGCGGGCGUGGGAGGCCGCCGAAAGUGAAGGCAGCUGCGACUGCGCCUGUGUGGGCUUGA